AUGGCAUGCUCGUUCCCCACGAACCAAGCGAUUGUCGUCGGCGGCGGCCUGGGAGGCAUGUCUGCCGCGAACACCGUUGUCGAGCACGGCGGUAGGGUGGUUUUGCUCGACAAGUCGUCCUUUUGUGGUGGCAACAGCACCAAAGCCACCUCCGGUAUCAACGGAGCAGGCACCAAGACGCAGAAAGCAAAGGGCAUUCCGGACACAGCCGAGAUCUUUACCCAGGACACCUUGAAGGGUGGAGCAAAGAAGCCAGAGUUGGCGAAGCUGCUGUGCGUGAACAGCGCCGCUGAUGUUGACUGGCUCGUGGAGAAGUUCAACCUUGACCUGUCCCUCGUGGCCCGUUUGGGUGGCCACUCGCAGCCUCGCACCCAUCGUGGAAAGGAGCGAUUCCCUGGCAUGACCAUCACCUAUGCUUUGAUCCAGAUGCUCGAGAAGGUCGCUGAGAAGACGGACUUGGCGCGCAUCAUUACAAAGGCAAAGGUCUUCCAGCUGGUCACGGAUAAAAACGCCUGCGUGGGCUGUAUCUAUGAGAAGGGUGGCCUCCACCUGCAGGAGUUCGGCCCGGUGAUCCUGGCAUCAGGCGGCUUUGGAGCCGACUUUACCCAGGACUCUCUGCUGGCUAAGUAUCGGCCGGACCUUCUGCACCUGCCCACCACCAACGGUGAGCACUGCACCGGCGAUGGCAUCAAGAUGGGCGAGGCCAUUGGUGCAAAGACGAUCGACCUCGAGUGGGUUCAGGUGCACCCGACCGGCCUGGUGAAACCGGACGAUGCUGAUGCGAAGAUCAAGUUUCUGGCUGCCGAGGCCCUGCGUGGCGUGGGCGGCAUCAUCCUCAACGCGGAGGGCAACCGUUUCUGCAACGAGCUGGGACGCCGCGACUAUGUCACGGGCGAGAUGUGGAAGAGCAAGCCACCGUUCAGGCUUUGCCUCAACCGUGCUGCAUCAGACGAGAUCAUCUGGCACUGCAAGCACUACACAGGACGUGGUGUCAUGAAGUACUACAACAGCGGUGAUGACUUGGCCAAGGACAUGGGCAUCCCCCUGUCCGUGAUCGAGAAGGCCCACGAGGACCACUACCAGGCUGCCAAGAUGAUGGAGAAGGAUCCCGAAGGAGGCAAAUGGCCCGCGUACCCCUCAGGCAAGUGCUGGGAUGAGGCCAGCGGAAAGACCGGGAGCGGCAAGAAGUUCUACCACAACAUCAUUCCGGGCUCUGCCGUGAAGUCCGAGCCUUUCUAUGUGGCCAUCAUCACGCCUGUGAUCCACUACUGCAUGGGUGGUCUCCUCAUCGACACGGACUCCGCCUGUGUCGGCUCCAACAACCUCGCCGUCCCGGGCCUGUACGCUGCCGGCGAGGUGGCUGGCGGCGUGCACGGCAACAACCGCUUGGGAGGAAACUCCCUGCUGGACUGCGUGGUGUUCGGCCGCGUGGCGGGCAAGGCAGCUGCCAAGUACAUGUUGGGCGCGGACAUGAAGGAUGUGGACCUGAUGCAGAUCACCGGCGGAGGGCUGUCUGGCGCGGUGCAGAGCUCCAAGCUGGCUGGCGGCUCCUACGAGGACAAGAUGAACUCUGCUGCCCCGGCGGCCGCUGCAGCUGCACCCGCGGCUGGCGGCGGUGGUGGUGGCGGCAUCAGCCUUGCAGAUGUUGCUAAGCACAACACCAAGACGGACUGCUGGGUGGUGGUCGAUGGCCAGGUGCUUGACGUCACCAGCUUCUUGUCGGAGCACCCCGGUGGCGAGCUGGCUAUCCUCACCUUCGCUGGGAAGGAUGCCACGGAGGAGUUCAACAUGAUCCAUCCUCCCGAUGUGAUCGGCAAGUAUGCGCCCGACUCUGUGAUUGGCAUGAUCGGGGCUGGUGGUGGUGGCGGCGGCGGUGCUGUCGCGGCCGCCGGUGGCGGCGGCGGCGGUGGUGGAAUCACGAUGGAAGAGGUGGGCAAGCACAACAGCAAGACGGACUGCUGGGUGGUGGUCGACGGACAGGUGCUUGACGUCACCAGCUUCUUGUCGGAGCACCCCGGUGGCGAGCUCGCUAUCCUCACCUUCGCUGGGAAGGAUGCCACCGAGGAGUUCAACAUGAUCCAUCCUCCCGAUGUCAUCGGGAAGUACGCCCCGGAUUCCAUCAUUGGAAAGGUCGGUUCCGGCGCCCCGGCUCCCGCCGCGGAGGCGGCCACGGGAGGCGGCCUCGGAGCGCCGCUGCUGGACAAGAGCGGACAGAAGGCGAAGGACUGGAGCAGACACGAGAAGAACCGUGAGCUCCGCAUGAAGGGCGAGGGCAGGAUCCCCGGAUGGAUCGGUGCUGUCUUCUACAUGGUCCUCGGCUUCAUGAAGGAGAUUCUCUUCACUAUCGUGCCGCAAAGCAACGUGACCAUCACCGGUGACCGCGUGGGUCUGACACGCUCCGCGAUGUUCUUGUUCAUCUUCAUCAUCAUCCACGCCGUGGGCAACCUGCACGUUUUCCUAGGACCAGACGAUUUUAACGGCUACGGCUACUUCUACGUCCGACUCUACUGGACGGGCUUCGGCUUCCAGGCCAACAUCGUUGAGGAGUACAUCCUGCUUGCGGCCUUGCUGCACGUCUUCGUCGCCCUGAAGAGGACGUGGGACAUCAGCAUGAACUACUCCGUAGCAUCUGGCAAGUUGAACCUGGCCUUCUCCGGCGUCACCUUGCUCACCUUCAUGAUGAUCCACCUCUACCAGUUCCGGUUUGGCGACACUGAGCCUUGGAAGCUCUGCCCGCCGCCCUACCUGCUGAAUCUGGCGACGCUGCUCCAGCUGAGGCUGAACCUCUUCUGGGUUGACACCCCAGGAUGCCAGGCGGUGUACGUGCGCGAUAUCUACCGGAUGGAGUUCGAGAUCUUCCAGUCGCUGGGCUGGGUGCUCUUCUACUUGGCGGCUGUGAUCAUCUUCAGCACGCACAUGUGCCUGGGCUGGCAGAAGGUCGUCCCAGCGCCGGCCUUGGAGAUCCCCAAGAAGUACCACAGCAGAGCCAUCCACAUGGGUUACGUCUUCACCUUCUUCAUCGCUUUGAUCUAUGCCUCCUUCCCGCUCUACACCCACCUCUUCGCCAUGUCCUCCGGAUCCUUGAGCCAGGAGCCGGCGCAGCCCUAA